AUGAUUCCAUCGAGGUUUUCAAGCACAAGUUCAAGUUCUCUACUUGAACUUGAAGCACAGCAGUUUUUCUCUGCUAUGUCUCUUUGUAAAGCACAAGUUCAAGUUCUCUGCUUGAACUUGAAGCACAGCAUUUUUUCUCUGCUAUGUCUCUUUUUAAUCCUCCACUUACAAAAUAAAAAUAUGGCCCAUAAGCAUGUGCGACCACCUUCCGCAGAUUCUUUCUCGUCCUGGUCUAAAGAUUGCCUGACGGCGACGAAGAUGAUGAACAUGAAGAUGAGGUCAAAGGGGGAAGCUAUCCGCUUCCGCGGAUUGUUCUUUAUGUACACGCACCUUCUGUUCUACUUCAUCAACGUUGUUCCUAGUAUUGCGGUAGCCGCACCUGCGAGUCCACCCGCAGCUAAAGCCAAUCCUUCUACAUCUACUUCGAGAAAGGCUUUUAGUACAACCACGACCUACUUGGACGCAGAGUUACACCUAUUACGAAAAAAGGCCGACCUCCUCCGCAGCACCCUGGCAAACUUGAGUGAAGACAGAAUAUUCUCGGAAACGGAUGAAGGCGAGCAUGCUAGAAGUGGUGAAUCCACAUUAGAAUCAGGGAAGCUUUUGAUCCUUAGGAAAAUAGAUGAGGAUGUUGUUGAGGAAACUCAGGGCACUCCUGUGGGGGCCGGCAAUGAAACUACGGACGAUCAGGAUCGGUCGACUUCAAGAACACAAGCACCAGGAGCUCUCAUUGAUGUACCAAACAUGCACAAACACGUAGAAGCAAAGCUCUUCCUGGAAGGAGGGGGCCAUACGGAUACCGAUACUUCCAGUAAAAAUAUCGCUGCUGUCACCUACUUGGGUACGCGAGACCGCUAUUUGAUCGUCUUUCGCGAUGGUACGUUUCGCACAUGUGUGAUAGCCACCUCGACGCAAAAAGACGGCAACUACACUCAACAACCGUCUGGAGAAGAGGACAACAUGAUCCAGCAUACUCAGCCUGCGGUGGUGCAACUUCUCAACACAUCAUUUAGCUUUCUCCAGGAAGACGAAAGCAAUGUUUCUAAACCAGAGGCUGAAGGAGCUGCACAGAUAACGAAACGAAAUCAUGCGCGCGGAAAUGAUAAUGAACGAGCAGAAGAACAAACAAAACAAGCAAACAUCUUCAGAGAAGUCCUAUCCAUCACUGCUGUCCUAUCACCACUCCGAGGUCUCGCAUUACAACGGUUGCACGACACUGGCAUUCUGCCAGUCAAAGAGCAGUUUAGUCUUGUCAUACUCCAAGUCGCGACUUUGGGCGCCGUGUUUCCAUUAUUACUACUGAUACGCUCAACCUGGACCUACCGUCAACCGGUUCUCCAAGUUUUGGCCAGUAAGUGGCUUGUGGGAUUCAAUGCAGAAGAUGUGAGACUGCAGCAAGAGAUGAUGAAUAAUGGACGCGGGUGGGAGAUCUUUCUUACGGGAAGUAGGAGUAUCGGAGGACGAAGUGUAAAAAUAGAGGGAGGACAAGAACAAGUAGUGUCUUCGACGUACAAGAUUCAAAUAGACAGUGAGGCACUUUCCAUCAGACUUGCCUCUUUAGCGACACAUGAAAGAACGGACCGUAGUCCUGCAUCUUCUGGUGCGUCAACUUCAACAACCGCAACAUCAGACUCACAGAACGAUCAGAAAAAUAGGCAACUCAACCACAUCAACAAACCCGGUAGCAGUACUAGCAAAACGACUGAGGACUCGGAUUCCCUCUUCAGCACAUUCCUGCCAAUGUCUCCCACUACCAUGAUCUGGUUUUUUCUACUGGACUAUGACUCCGAGAUCCUGACCUUCAUCCUACUCGCAGUUGGUGUUUUCGUCUACCGCAAACUGGUAUCCAAACUCUGCAUAGUGUCGUAUCUGGUAGGUCUCUCAGACGAUAUUUUCCUCGAGGAAGACGGCACUGACGAUGAAGACGAGCCUCUUGUAGACCCCCAAGUUUGGCAAGACCCCUGCUGGCAAAGCGAUCCGGCAAAGUUUCGAGAGCUGUACAAUGCGAUUUUAACUGGCGUAAAGGAAACACAAUCGCAAGAAUACGACUUGUUUGGGAAUAAGCAUAAGGUCGGUGGGGGUGUAGGAGGUCCUGCCGCUGGUGAUAGUCGUGCUGGGGGGACUGGCAGUACUACCAGAGGCUUAUUCAAACCUUCCAAUAUUAACGAGAAUAGAAGUUUUGAGUCUUUAAGUGCUGUAAGUGGAAGAAACCCUUUCACACAAUUCAAUCCAAGAUACAGGGAUGGUGGUGCGACAUAUGCUAGAGAUACUGCAUUAAGUAAAAAUGUUACAGAUUAUAGAAGUAACGAAGUCGAAGACUCUGAGAUGGAGAUGCUUGCACGUGCAUUAAAACUUCAAGACUCUGAAAGAGAAAGCUUAUCUUCUCACAUGCGAAGACAGCGAAAUUGAUGCUAUGAUAAAGAGUCGUGGUCCGCCGAAAUCUACAUUGCAUGUCGUAAAGCGAUUGUUGCUCCUUGCUUUGUUUUCUGGGAAUCGAUCUACAUUUGGUUUUAGGGGGGGGAUGAAAAAUGGC